GUCGUUAAAAAUCCAUCCAUCCAUCCACUUUCUACCCUUUGUCCCUUUUGGAGUCAUGCAAUAAAAUUAUAACAAUAAAAUCAUACUAUAGCAUGUAAUCAAAUUAAGAAAAGUCAUAAAAUGCCCUUAAUAUACAAUACAACCACCCCUCCUUUACAUCAUAACUCAUAGACAAUACAUGCUCUUGUCGUUAAAAAUCCAUCCAUCCAUCCACUUUCUACCGUUUGUCCCUUUUGGAGUCAUGCAAUAAAAUUAUAACAAUAAAAUCAUACUAUAGCAUGUAAUCAAAUUAAGAAAAGUCAUAAAAUGCCCUUAAUAUACAAUACAACCAGCUCUCCUUUACAUCAUAACUCAUAGACAAUACAUGCUUUUGUUCAUGUCUGUCAUCAUUUGUAAAAAACAACACCAAGUGAGAUGACACAGGGCCGGGUGCCACCUGCGUUACGACCACCUGGUGAUCUCCCCCCACACGCCCGCCAUGCCAAUGACAACCUUUUUACUACAAGUGGCCUGCCAUGACACAGCCCAGAUUGCGCAAUGAGUCUUUCACUUUGAUGUCCACGCACGCACACACACACACACAGGUUGUGAGUCAUAAAAAAAAAAGGGGAAAAAAAAGCAAGAGAGAAAUGUCAGACGGGAAUUGGGUAGGGAGUGGAAUGCGAGGCGUUUGGGAGGGGAAGAGCAGCCAAUGUGCUGCUCUGAAUCUUGAGGAGGAGAGCGGCUGGUAAAGUGAGCGAGGGGGAGCGAGCGAGGGCUGAAGAUGUCAUUCCGAGCAGGCAGGAUUCCUGAAGUCAUGCUUCCGGAUCCUCCGCCGGGUCUCAGUCAGGAGCGAGGGCGCCGCAGCCACAUCAGCCGCACCUAGCCGGGGGUUCCAGGGCACAGGGGGCGGCGGGCCAUCGGUAGAAGAGGGUGCCCCCUCCCCCCCCCUCCGGGAGGCAAGAAUCAUGAGCGUUCCCAUGUUAAAGAUCGGGGCGGUGCUCAGCACCAUGGCGAUGGUCACCAACUGGAUGUCUCAGACUCUUCCGUCUCUGGUGGGACUCAACGGGACCGCCAUCGCCUCCAGAGGGGGCACGUCGGAGAGGAUCGUUAGCGCGCUGUACCCCAGCCCGGAGGAAGGCUGGCAGAUCUACAGCUCGGCGCAGGGCACAGAUGGGAAGUGCAUCUGCACGGUGGUGGCGCCGGCGCAGAGCGUGUGCAACCGCGACCCACGCAGCCGGCAGCUCCGCCAGCUCAUGGAGAAGGUGACAGCUGUCCGUAACACAACUCGCUCACAGACACAACUGUCCACGCGGGCGGGCGGCGCCAGGCUGUCGGACACGCGACAAAAAGUGUCGGCGAUUAUUUUGGGGGGGAAAGUUUCCCGCUCAACUGUGGCUGUUGUAUGUAGUGGGUUGUACGGUAUACCGCUACUAGUGUAG